AUGGAGCCAUUGAACAGUCAUGUCGCACCGCCACCUGAAAGAGUUGCAGAAGAUUUGGAGAGACCGAUACUGGAUACCAGGACGUAUAGAGUUAUUAAGCUCAAAAACGAGCUAGAAGCGUUACUGGUACACGAUCCGGACACAGAUAAAGUUAGUGCAGCACUAGAUGUGAAUGUGGGCAGCUUCAGCGAUGCAGAUGACAUGCCCGGUAUGGCGCAUGCCGUGGAACAUUUACUUUUCAUGGGCACAAAGAAGUUUCCAGUAGAGAAUGCGUACAACCAAUAUCUCUCGGCCCACUCUGGUUAUUCAAAUGCCUUUACAGCUUCGACAUCAACAAACUACUUCUUCGAGGUCGCUGCCGAGUCAGAGCCUACAACCAGUAAAUCGACUACAGAGACGGACAUACCUGUCGCAGCGCAAGAGGAGUCUCCUCUAUAUGGAGCAUUGGAUAGAUUCUCUCAGUUCUUCGUUGAGCCUCUUUUUCUUGCUGAUACGGUAGGCCGAGAAUUGAGAGCUGUCGACUCAGAGAAUAAGAAGAAUCUCCAGAGCGAUAACUGGAGACUAAACCAGCUCAAUAAAACUCUUUCCAACCCCGAGCAUCCAUAUUGCCAUUUCUCCACUGGUAAUUUCAAGACACUCCACGAUGAGCCAUUGGCACGUGGCGUUCAGAUUCGCGAUGAAUUCAUCAAGUUCUAUGAGAAGCACUAUUCCGCCAACCGGAUGAAACUCGUUGUACUGGGCCGUGAAUCGUUAGACACCCUUGAGCAGUGGGUGGAGGAACUUUUCUCAACUGUCCCAAACAAGAAUCUGCCGAGAAAUCGGUGGGAUCAUGUUUCACCUUACACGAAGAACGAAUUGGGGAUGCAGAUAUUUACAAAGCCUGUAACUGAGAUGCGGUCUAUGGAUCUCUAUUUUCCUUACCAAGACGAGGAACAUCUUUUCGAGUCUCAACCAAACAGAUACCUCAGUCAUCUCAUAGGUCACGAAGGUCCUGGCAGUAUUUUGGCUUAUCUCAAAGCCAAAGGCUGGGCUAAUGGACUUGGAGCAGGGUCCGUUCCUGUUUGUCCAGGAUCAUCCUUCUUCAGUAUUUCAAUCAAACUGACACAGGAGGGUCUCAAGCAAUACAAGGAAGUGACGAAGGUUGUAUUUCAAUACAUUGCAAUGAUGCGUGAGACCCCCCCGCAAGAAUGGAUAUACGAUGAAUUGAAGCGUAUGAGUGAAGUCGAUUUCCGUUUCAAGCAAAAGUCACCAGCCAGUCGGACUACCAGCUCCCUCAGUGGUAUCAUGCAGAAGCCCUAUCCACGUGAGUGGCUCCUGAGUGGUCCUGCUCUGAUCAGGAAGUUUAACCCAGAAGCCAUUUCCAGUGGUCUAGGACUCCUCAAUCCAGACAACUUUCGCCUUACCGUGGUCAGCCAAGACUUCCCAGGGGGGUGGAACCAAAAGGAGAAAUGGUACGGCACCGAAUACAAAUAUGAGCCAAUGGAGAGCAAUUUUCUCAAGGAUUUGAGAACGGCAACCAAUAGCAAGUCAGAAGAGCGCCCCGCUGAGUUGCAUCUCCCGCAUAAGAACGAGUUUAUUCCGACAAGGCUGGACGUGGAAAAGAAGGAGAUCAUGGAGCCUACUAAGGUUCCUAAACUCAUUCGCAAUGAUGAAAAGAUACGCAUCUGGUACAAAAAAGACGAUAGGUUCUGGGUACCCAAGGCCAAUGUUAUGAUAACCCUACGGACACCACUUAUCAGCAUGACGCCACGAAAUAGUGCUUUGGCUCAUAUGCUGAAAGAACUGGUCAGUGACGCAUUGGUGGAGUAUUCAUACGAUGCUGAGAUCGCUGGUGUCGACUACUCAAUCAGUACGCAUGCGGUCGGUAUUGACAUCACCCUCUCUGGCUACAACGACAAGAUGCCUGUUCUCCUGGAGAAAGUAUUGACAUCCGUCCGCGACUUCGAGAUCAAAGACGAGAGGUUCAACAUCGUACAAGAGCGCGUUGUACGCGGCUUCCGCAAUUGGGACUAUCAGCAGCCAUAUUUCCAAGUUGGCACGUACACCGGCUGGCUCAACACCGAGCGUAGUUGGAUCAAUGAGCAAUAUCUCGUAGAACUGCCUCACCUCACCCCCGACGACGUCCGCGCCUUCCAUCCGCAGCUUCUUAGUCAAGUCCAUGUCGAAGUCCUCGCCCAUGGUAAUCUAUAUAAAGAAGAAGUUCUCAAAAUGACUGAUCUCGCCGAGAAGAUACUUCGAACCCGAUCGCUCCCGCCUGCGCAGUGGCCCAUCAGACGCUCAAUGGUCUACCCAUCAGGCGCCGAUUUCUCCUAUACGCGUCCACUCAAAGAUCCUGCCAAUGUCAACCAUUGCAUCGAAUAUCUACUCUACGUCGGCUCGCCAUCCGAACGUUCGCAGCGUGCCAAACUGUUACUUUUUGCGCAGAUGACCGAGGAGCCUGUUUUUGAUACACUUCGCACCAAGGAACAGCUCGGCUAUGUUGUAUUCAGUGGUGCUCGUAUCCAAAAUAUGUGGGCUGGGUACCGUGUCUUGAUCCAGUCUGAGAAGACGCCAGAGUACCUUGAAGGUCGAGUCGAGGAGUUUCUGAAGGGGUUCUCGAAAACACUGAAUCAAAUGGAUGAGCCGGCGUUCGAAAAACAUAAGCGUAGUCUGAUCAAUAAGCGUAAGGAGAAAUUGAAGAACUUGACCCAAGAGAGUUCGAGGUUUUGGGGACAUAUAUGUAAUGAGCGAUAUGACUUUUUACAAGGUAUAUUCUGCAGUCAAUGCCCUCAAGUUCCCGAUCAUGACGUCGAACAUAUCGCCGCUCUCACCAAAGACGCUAUGCAAGCCUUCUUUGACACGUACAUCUCACCGUCAUCUCCCCUACGCUCUAAACUCACCGUAAACCUUCGCGCCCAGGCAUCACCACUCUCAGACGACGACGCUACUGCAUCGAUUCCAACACCAGAGAUCGCAGAUGCAGAACCUUUGUCCGAGUCAUCCACAGGCGCUGUCUCAGCUGUCAAAGCUCAAGUCGAAUCUAUCGUCGAGAAGGCUAAGGCCGUUGUCGGAGCUAGUUCAACGGAAGGAGAAAAGGAGUUGGAGAAGGACAAGAAGACUCAGAAAAUCAUCAUUGAGGACGUACACGCGUGGAAGGCUGGGCUGAGCGUGAGUCGUGGCCUGAGUCCUGUGCAGGAUCUAAGCGAGUUCGAGGAUUUUGGGUCGAAGCUCUGA